AUGCAACACGAUUCAGCCAUGCACUCCAACGACGGCUUCAAGGUCUUCCUCAACAAGGUGAUCCGCCGCAACAGGAAGGAGGUCAAGCAGCGCGGCUCCGAGAUCUCUGCUCCCUUCAACUUCCAAAAAUGCAACCUCGACCUCGCCGGCAUCAGCGCAGAUGAAAUUGCCAUGCUCAAGGAACAAGCAGUUGCGAGCCGCAUCGGCAUCGCCGACUUCGACUCCGACUUCCCUGCCCGCCCUCUCUUCUCCAUUCAGCCCGUUCUGUUCAGCGCCUCCAUCUCCACCGUCGGCAGCUCCUACCGAUAG